CCAUCUGCGAGGACAAACGGACAAGGUGAGCCCAGGGCACCCCCACCCCGCUGCGCUCAGGCCGGGUUACUGUGCAGACAAAAAGGUUUCGUUCUGCCGCUGGCAGGAACACUCGGUAAAGGAAGGGGACACCCUGGAGAAACGGGGCUCUAACUCAAGCCGAACGGAGGAGGAGCCCUACCUGCUGUAACACGUUUUAAGAACCCUAUAAAGUUCCAGAUCUUGAGCUGACAGAAAUGACAGUCUGCUAACAGAAGAUCUGCCUCUUAUUUUUCCCACUGUAUGUGUGUACACAUGAGGGAGAACAUCAUCUUCCAAGCUCGUGAUAAGAGUACCUCAGCUCCUUUAUCCUGGAAGCAAAAGCGUCUCAGGAGACACUACUGUAUCUUACUGAAUAUUCAUUGUGAAAAAAAGGAUUUCCACAUAUCUCAUGGGCUUGGUGGCCAUCAAGAGGUUUGGAGAGUGGACAAGGAGACAAAGUGCCUGCCUGAGGAGCCUUCAGAGCCUCAGCCAAGGUUCAGUGGCCCAGCUGGACAGAUGGCCCUUGCUGGACAGGCUCACUGCAGGAAGCACACCCAGUGCUCGGUGCUUUGGCGGAGCCUGCCUUCAUCCUGCAGCCACACUCAGCAGUGUGCUGCCUCCUGGCUGGCUGGGGAAUUCUCCCAGAGCCAGGCAGCCACAGGCACACAGGGAAGGGCUAUCAGCAUCUCAUCUCAAGAAGCAAUCCAGCGUGGGAUGGAGCUCUCAGUCACCGCACAGAAAAGGGCCCUUCGCGCUAAGCAGACAGGUUGCUAUUCCUGCUUGCCUGUGGAAUUGGAGCUGGGAGCUUUGCUACAGGUACAUACGAAUUCACAAUUAAAACAGAAAGAAAGCUUUCAGAACAUUUUCCAGUGUUCCAUCAAGAAUGUGUGAUGAGCAUAUGAGAGAUAUUAGAGUCAGAAUUGCUAUGAAAGCAAAAACCAUAAUAUGGACUGCAUCUGGUUCAAAAAUGGAGGGUGCUGGAUGUAUUUACAGGAGAAUACUCCCAGGUUUCAUUGACAGUGAAAUUAUUCUGAGAUUAAAUUGUAAGGUGAUUCAUUAAUUUUUGAGCUUGGCAAAUUAAUUUCCAGUAUCUAGGCAG